GCAAUGGGUGCAUGUGAUAGUGAGCGUAGUGAGUGCCUGUGACAGGCAAACUGCGCUACUUGUUACCAACCAGUCCGUGCCGCGUUUGUAAUCAGUAAACAGCCAUCAAGUCACGAACGAUCGAAGUCGCAAUCAUUUUCAAUCUGUUACCUUUAAUAUACACCAUGAUGAAUGUUAACUCGCAACAAGUGAAUAUAACGUUGGUAGAAGAAGUGGAAAAACACCCUGUUCUAUAUGACUACAAUCGACCAGGAUACUCGCAAAAGAAUGAAACAGAAAAAGCGUGGGGUGAAGUUGCAAGGGUUGUGCGGAUGCCAGUUGAAGAUUGCAAGGAGAGAUGGAAGAACCUGAAAGCAGUUUUUGUUCGGAACCUGAAACCCCCGAAUUCACGGAAACGACCGAAGAAAGCUUACUAUCUAAUGGAUGCUAUGCAGUUUACUGUGCCAUAUAUUAGGUCAUUGGAAACGCUUUCAGAGAAUAUGAAAGACCCUCUGAAGCAGGAAGAUCACGAUGAAGAAGAAAUAACUGAGGACUUUGAGGAAUAUACCUACGAAUAUGAGACAACAGAAGAACCGGAAAUAGUUCCAACACCGCGUCGGUCGCCGGCACCGGGCACAACAAAAACUAAACGGCUCAUUGAAAACGACACUGCACGCGUUGGACAUGUGCCACGCAAAACAACCAAGCCCAAGCCGCUUGACUCCGAGGAAUCAAACCCGCAAACAGAAGGGUUGAAAAUGUUCCUGCUCAGUAUGCUACCUGAUCUUCUGAAAAUGUCAGAUGGGCAAGUUCGACGGUUCAAGCGUAUGGCUUUGGUUGCUGUUGAUGACGUUUUGUCUGACCGCCCAUAAUACCCUAUGAUAUUCGGAUAAGAGAGAAACUGAGUAAAGAGUGUAUUUCAUGAUAAGAUGCAUGGAAUUCACUAGACUUUCAAACAACAACAAUGUGAUAAAAUAAAUAUUUUUGU